AAAGUAUAUCUACUGUGCGCAAGUAGUGUUGUAGGAAUAAUCUCAGCUUUCGCCAUGCAUCAUCUUCUCAAUUUUAAAUCUAAAUCUCCCAAAUUUGAUGAUCAGAUGAUAAAUCAACUUUGUCCUAUUUUCGACACCAGUACUGAAUCUGGGCGCGCUGCUGGUAGACUCGAAAAGUUUUCUCAUUACGUUGCAAGGCAAUUGGGGUUUAAAGAUGAAAGUGAGUGUGUUGGGUUAUGUGAGCUAGUACAAGAAUACUUGAAGAGAUCCAAAGGAUGUGAUAAUAGUAUUUUUGAAUACUUUGCAAAUGAACAAGAUGCUGAAUCUUUGUAUGUCAAAUUGGAAAAUGAAUUAGAGAGAUGCAUUCUUGCUUAUUUUGCUUUUCAUUGGAGUAAAGCUUCUAUGUUAAUUACCCAGGUAUAUAUAUGUAUUCAAGGUUAUUUAACUUUUUUUUAUAGAUCACAAACUGAAAAAAGUUGUUUUUUGUUGAAGGUAUUGAGUGUUGAUUCUGAGCAGAAAAGACUCAAGGAUUUGGUGAUGGCAGCUACAAGGAAGCAGAGAUUUGAGAAGAUAACAAAAGAAUUGAAUGUGACUAGGGUAUUUUCUACGCUGGUAGAGGAGAUGAAGGCGAUCGGAACGGUAUCAUCUAACGACGGUAAUGGUGAGUCCAGAUGUACGGACGUGAUGGUGCCAGUUGCUCACAGUCAAAGAAGUCCAGUGCUCCUCCUUAUGGGUGGUGGAAUGGGAGCUGGCAAAAGUACUGUCCUUAAAGACAUCCUCAAACAGUCAUUCUGGUUGGAAGCAGCUGCAAAUGCAGUGGUAGUAGAGGCAGAUGCUUUCAAGGAGACAGACGUAAUAUACAGAGCCCUUAGCUCAAGAGGUCAUCAUAAUGACAUGCUUCAAACUGCUGAAUUGGUACAUCAAAAUUCAACAGAUGCAGCAUCUUCUCUGCUAGUCACAGCUCUUAACGAGGGGCGCGAUGUUAUAAUGGAUGGAACCUUAUCAUGGGAGCCAUUUGUUGAGCAGACCAUAGUCAUGGCAAGAAAUGUACACAAACAUCGAUAUCGAAUGGGGGAAGGUUACAAGGUUGCAGAGGAUGGCACAGUUACUGAAAAUUAUUGGGAACAAAUUGAACAGGAAAAAGGAGAAGAGACAGCUAAUAAGAUCAUUAAACCUUAUAGAAUAGAAUUGGUGGGAGUUGUAUGUGAUCCUUACCUAGCUGUUGUUAGAGGCAUCAGGCGAGCUAUAGCAACAGGGAGGGCAGUUAGAGUAAAGCCCCAAUUGAAUUCUCACAAGAGAUUCGCAAAUGCAUUUCCCAAAUACUGUGAACUUGUUGAUAACGCCAGGCUAUACUGCACCAAUGCCUUAGGCUCAAAACCACCGUUAAUAGCAUGGAAAGAUGGAGAGAACAAAAUGUUGGUGGAACCAGAGGAUAUCAAGUGUUUGGAAAUGGUGAAAAAACUGAAGGAAGAAGCAGAAUCAAUUUACGAGCUGUACGAGGGAGAUGAUGUAUUGUCUCUGCAGACUCCUGGUUCAGUCUGGAAAGACAUCGUUUUAAUACCUACAAGGUCUACUCUCCAACAAGAGCUCAAAACUGCAAUUCUAAAAAUUGAAAACAGGGGAAAAUAGGUGUUCCCCCAAAAUAUGAAUUCAGCAAUAACUUCUUAUGUAAUUCUUCCGUGAACUUUAUUUGAAAUGAUCCAAGCC